UUGAUGAAAAAAAUUAUUAAUUAAUAAUAAAAAAAUUCAAAAAGCACUAAGAAUGGCUUUUCUUUACAAUAUUGGUGAUUGGUUCAAUUUGGGACAUCAUAAUGCGUACAGAAAAAUUGAAUUAUAUUCAAUGGAUUUUCCUGAUGAUAUCAAUCUAGAACAAAUGAAAGUUUAUGCAUCGCCUUUUGGUGGUCCAUUUGCUGUUAUGAAGGAUCCAAACUUAUUGAGAAAGACUGGAUCAACUGUGAAGCCUGUUAUUUUCAUUUUUGCAUCAUCCGGAAAUCUGAUAUCGAAAAUUAAUUGGAAUUCUGGUGUUCUAUUGACAAUGGGAUGGUCAGAUUCUGAGGAACUUCUUUGCAUCCAAGAAAACGGAAUUGUAUUAAUUUAUGGCUUGUUUGGAGAGUUUCAACAUAAGUUUUCUAUGGGUCAAGAAGCUACUGAUACUCAAAUCAUUGAUGCUAAAAUAUAUCCAAGUACUCAGGGCACUGGAAUUGCCGUUAUGACUACACAAUUUAGAAUAUUUAUUGCUAAUAGCUAUAAAGAUCCAAAAGUUAGACUUCUUCCUGAAAUUCCUAAGUCAAUGCUGGAUCCAUCGAGUUGGGCAAUUUUGAUUGAAGAUCGUAAAACCACUUGCUUAAUAGCACGCGAGCAGGAGCUGUUUAGAGUCAAACAAGACGAAAAUAUUUGUUCAGCUGUCAUUUUCUCAAUUGAUUCCGAUUAUAAAGCUAUACGGUUCAUAUCAGUUUCCUUUAAUGCUCGUCAUGUUGCCUUGUACACAAAUACAGGUUUUUUGUGGAUGGGAACAAGUGAUUUGAGAACAAAGUAUUGUGAAUUUAAUACGGGACGAAUGGAAUUACCCAAACAAAUUGAAUGGAUUAUGGACAGUGAUGAUCCAUUAAAGGCAGAAGCACUUAUUAUAACUUAUAAUUCAUUCCUUUUAAUUGUUGGCACUAAUGGCGAAUCUAAUAUUUAUCCAUACAAUGAUGCAGCAAUAUUCUUAGUUCCUGAAAUGGAUGGCGUUCGUGUGCUGACCAAUGGUUAUCAUGAAUUCAUUCAAAAAGUACCAAAGAGUGUCAGCAAUAUAUUUGGCAUAAGUAUUUCAGAACCAUCAAGCUUCCUGUUUGAAAGUCACAGGAAAUUCGUUGAACGCAGUCAUCAAUCUGAUGAAUACUUAUGCUUGAUUAUGGAUAAAAUAGAGGUGGCAGUCGAAGAGUGCAUUAAAGCUGCUGGCUAUGAAUUUGAUACUGAAACACAAAAAAGUUUAAUUAGUGCUGCCCAUUUCGGUAAAGGCUUUAUUAAUGCUCAUAAUCCUGAUGAGUAUAUAAGAACAUGUAAAAUAUUAAGAGUAUUAAAUUCAAUAAGAAGUGACGACAUCGGAAUUCCUUUAACUAUUAAUCAGUUCCUACAUCUGACACCUGCUGUGCUUAUUGAUCGACUCGUUUUUAGAAAGCAUUAUGGCCUUGCUAUUCAAAUAUCAAAACACUUGAACUUAUCAGAAUCUCGGAUUAUGGAGCAUUGGGCUUAUCAUAAAAUUAUGUAUGAUAAGAAUGACACGGAAAUUAUUCAAAAAAUUGCUGAGAAGUUUGCAAAUGCUUUAAAUUUAGGCUUGUCAUUCUGUACAAUUGCUAAGAAGGCUGAAGAAAUUGGCAAGACAAAGUUGGCUAUAGAACUACUCGAAUUGGAACCAAAUCAAAGUUUAAAAGUUCCAUUGCUGUUGAAAUUAGGAGAAAAUAGAAAGGCAUUGAUUGCUGCUACUCAAUCUGGCGAUUCUGAUCUUAUUUAUAUGGUUUUAAUGCAAUUAAAGGACACAACUCCACUCUCAAAGUUCCAAAUGAUUAUCCGAGAAUUUCCAUUGGCACAAAACCUGUACAAGAAAUAUUGCUUAUUAAAUAAUGUCACAGCACUUAAAGAUAUUUAUUUACAAGAGGAUGAUUUCUUGGCACAAGCUGAAAUGUCAUUAGAUGAAGCACUAGACAGUAAUGUUAAGCUAGAUUCAUCACUACUUGAGAUAUCAAGCAAUUAUAAAAAGGCUCAUAAAGAACUUGAAGCGGAACUAACUGAUGAUCAUCGAAAAUUGAUGAAGCAACAAAAAGCAUAUGAAGAAAAAUAUUCACGACUUUUCUAUGGCUUAUCAUUACAUGACACAGUUAAGGAACUUUUAGUGAUUGGUGAUAUUAAAUUAGCGGAGAAAGUCAGGACUGAGCAUAAAAUGACAGAUAAGCAUUUUUGGUAUUUGCGGAUUCGUAUACUUGGUAGCAAUUUCCAAUGGGAAGAGCUUGAAAAGUUUUCUAAAUCUAAAAAAUCACCCGUCAGUUACGAGCCAUUCGUAGAAGUGUGCCUUAAAGCUCGGAAUGUCAAUGAGGCUAAAAAGUACAUUAUUAAAUGUCGUGAAGAUAAACGUAUCUUAUGGUUUAAUCGAGCAGGUCUCUAUGAAGAGUCAGCAAAACUGGCGUUUGAGUUGCGGGACACACAGUCUUUAUUUCAUAUACACAAUCUAGUGUCGGCGACAAAUGAUCAAAAUUUAGCUUCAAAAAUAGAAAAUUUAAUCGCUACUAUGUCAUCGAAAAAGUGAAUCAUUAACUAUUAACGAUAAAAUAUUCAUUCCUUUACUAAUGUGACUGACUUUAUGUACAUCUACUCUCUUAUAUAUACAUAUAUAUUAUUAAAUUAAUGAGCAAAUAUAAAGUGAAUAAAUAAAUGUAUUGCAUAAUCUUCAACGUGCUAAAUAUAUCGUAAAA